UUUCUAUUUCAAGAUUACGCUGAGCAUGAAGACUCAACUGAAGCACACUUGGCUUAGAAUGAGAUCAACAGAGCAGCACUGAGUCGUAUUGAGAGGUGAAAGCAAAUUAAUCAAGAUAUUACAACAAUGGAUGCCUUGACAGAAGAUGUGGCACGGUCUGAUGUGAACCCUGAGAUGACAGCGCUGACACCUGAAGAUUUUACCGGACAAAUCCCAGAGGCCAGUGAUGAAGUGGAGAACCUUAGAAACAGUUUACGAGAGGUCGUCAGCGAUGACAAUGUGCAGCCUAAGAUGCAAUGCCUGAUGAUGGACCCCUCCUUCUCCAUGGUCACUAUGCAAGGGGAGGACAGUGGCAUUGCAUGGGAAACGACCCCGAGCCGCAGCAGCACACCAUGGACCUCUGAAGCUGGAACUGUGGAUCUGAGCUAUCCAGUCACGGUGCGGGCUGCCACACCUGGGUCUGUUCCUGCAGGAAAAAUCAUCUUUGUCAUGGACGAUGAGCUGUUUUCAAGACGGAAGAAAACUAAAGAGAGGAAAAGAAAGUCAGAAAGACAACGAGAAGUUGUAGAAAGUUCUGAAAACAUCUCAGGAAGGCCGGAGUUAUUUGAAGUCUCACAGCCAAAUGUAAAAACUGAAAAUGGAGAAGAAGAGGAAGCGAAUGAUCCAGCGGUGGACAAAGAACAAAUGCUGUUUACGUUAGUCUCAGAGGGAUCUGAAAUCCUCAACAUUGUCGUUCCUCCAAAACUGGUAACUGUGGAUGAAGAGGAGAGCAAAGUAAUGGUGGACAACCUUUCUUAUCUGGAGGAAAGCCUUGUUCUUAAAGCUAGUGAAGUGACUCAUGAUGACGAGCUAGUGUUCACUGGAUUGGAUGAAGCAAGCGGUGAUCAGCUCAAUCCCUCGUCCUCCAUAGUUGCAAAUAAAAUGGAUCCACCUGGGGCUCCAGUGGCCCGACCUCCAGGCAGAGCAGCUGCCGGCAAUGUGGAGUACUUUGAGGCGUUCACCUUGGUUGAGGCUGAGGCUCCAGGAGGUCCUGCUGUGAUCGCGCAGGAACAGGGGGGGCAAGAGGAAGAAGCUGCGGCUGAGAUCCAGGACACUGAGAACCCUGCUGAGACUGAAGACAACAUCACAACAACAAAUGAAGAUAACGACAAGUCAGACACAAUCAGCCUGGAGGAAAUCACCAGCAAGCUUCUAGAUGAAGUCUUCUACGGUGGUACGGACAACUAUCUCAUGAAGCCUCUAGAGAAAGACGACGAUCGCCCAUCCUCUAGACUCCCAUCAAAACCGAGUGGUUCGACUUUGUUUGGAAGUCAAGAGGACAUCCUCACUCCAAUCUUUCUACCAGAAGGACCUCCCAAAAUUAUUGACCAAAUUUUACUGGAGGAGCCCAAAGCCAUGGCUUUUCUUUACACUGACUUGUAUGAGGAAGCAGUCGGCUGUCGGAAAAAAGAAGAGGAUACAGAAAGUAUGACGUCUGAGAAGUCUUUUCACAGCAGGCAUUCAGACAGAGAAGCCAGGGGAUAUUUAGAGAAAUAUGUACUCAUAGAUGAGACACCUGCACUGGAAGUUGAGCCGACUGAAGAAGUAAUUAGCCCAGAGGAAGGUUCUCGGGUUUUGGCCCAAGAUCUGUGUGAUUUUGAUGAUCUGCUGCCUGAGCCAGAACAAGGUGGGGUUCCAAAUUCAGGGGAAGAAAUCACAGACUUCUUCAGAGCCAGUGACAACUCUUCUCCAUGUGAUGUGGAUCCUUUCCCUCGGUCACCUAAAGACAAAGAAGAUCAACCAACUACAAAAACCAAAGAGAAGACCAACAAGAAAGUCUCCAUUAAGGUAGAAAAAGUCCCAGAAGAUCCACUCAGCAUCUCAAGCUUUGAGUUUGUCUCAGAUGAUCCUUUCUGGGAAAGAACAGAAGACCAUCCUGCAGCUGUGGAUGAGAAAGAUGGCAGUACAGAUCAGGAAAUGUGGAAACAAGAUUUGGAAAUGCAAAGGCCAGUAGCUCCUCCCAGGAGAAAGGCAACAUCCUCUUUUCAGGCAUGUCUCGAUCUCACGCCUCUGACUCCAGUUGAGGAUAUGAUGCAGGAAAAAGAGGAGGCAGGUGGAAAGGAACAGAGGGUGGAGGAGAAAGAGACAGCAUCACCUGCAGAGACUGCUGAUGAGGGAGAUGGAGAUGGAGAUGGAGAUGGCGAUGGAGAUGGAGAUGGAGAUGGAGAUGGAGAGGAAGCAAUGAUCUCCAAUGAUGCUCUAAUUGAAGAUGCCUUGGUUGCAGAGGAGUUGCCACAAACUGAAAGUUUAGAAGAUAACAAUGAAAUAACUGUUAGAAACAUUACACCAGCAGCUGCUAAGGAAACAAAAAAUGCAACAGUAGAAGAAGAGGAAACAACUGAGAGUGAAGCAACUACAAAACAAACUGAGCCAGAGGAAGUAGAUACUAAGCCUUCAGAAUUGAUUAAAACAGAGGUUAAUCCAGAGAAACCGAGUGAUAGGUCCAAUGAACAAGCAAAAGAUAAAGGGCAGUGUGUUAUUCUUUAACUGAACAAUACUGUUUUUAACAAGUUUAUUUGUAUGUAACCUGCUGAUGCGUCCUUAUUCAAUGUCUUAAAAUCACAGCUGAGGUACAUUCUUAAAAACCUUUCUAUAAAGAGUGCAAAAUAGCUAGUUUUUUCUUUUUAUAAUUGAACAAAUAUUCAGAGAAGGACAUUUUCCUUCCUAUCGCAAGGUUAACCCAGUCCAUGCAGUGUGGACGGGUGGCAAUAGAGCAUGAAUUAUAGUUUUUUUGUUUUAAAGAGGUUAAGGUCAUAAGUGGGAAUAAAAAAGGUGAGAGUGCUUGUGUCGGUGUGAUGUUAGUGGGGAUCUUCAGCUAAAAAUAGGCCUCUCUGGCUGUUAACCUGACACCUCGUCUCAGCCAGGACUCUGCAUACCCUCUUGUAAACAGUCGAAAAACCUGUGUAUGUGCAUAUACUGUCUAUACCUCUUAAUGUUUUCCAAAACAUGAAAGCUGAAUUAAAUGUUUGUGUAACUGACUCCAUGUUAUACUACCAUGUU